AUGUUGGGAACCUUAACAGUGCGGACUUACGGCAAAAAGACCGGGAGCAGAACCAAGCAAGGACUGUUCUACACGAAACUCCCAAGCAGCCCGACCGACAGGAAAAAAAGACACCGGCAGAUCGAGAGCAAAGCAAUAGACGGCCUUUCCGAGCAGCUUACGUUGGUGUCGCUCGACACGACCCACGAGCCGACUGAGUCCGGGCAUACGACACCUCCCGUCCCUGCAAAACAGGUCGAGCCACAAGAGCAUCUCGUAGAGACCGACAAAGAGAUCGAAAGCGACAAAGUUGCCGUUGAAGAGAAUGACGUCGAUCAGACCGGCCACACCGCAGUAGAAGACCAGCUUUCAGGAACCUCGGAGAUUUUCGACAGUUACCUUGACGACAGCAUCGAGCAAGGCCUACGGGUUCUGACCUGGACGGACAUGUGCCCCCCUGGAGAUCGCAUUGAAAAGAUUGCGGAGGCGUCAUACGCGGAGGUAUAUCGUGUGACAAACGUGAGGGGAACGAGCAUCAUCAAGGCCAUCCGAUUGUCGUCGCCAAUCAAACCACAGACAAAGGCACAGAUGAAAUCAGGUCUUGUGGACGAGGAGCCACACGACGAGGAAGACCUGCGCGGCGAGCUCGCUAUAUCUGAGCUGCUGGCCGACAUCCCGGGCUUUGUCGUUUACAAGGAGCGCUACAUUGUACGCGGUCGGACGACUAAGGACCUGCUGGAGACGCACCAGACGUUUCACCGACGGGCGAAGCGCCAGGAUCCCGACCGGUUGCAGUUCUACCCGUCGCCGAGCCGGUACCUUGAAGACACACGGUUUCUUGUCAUUGAACUAGGCGAUGCCGGCAAGGCUCUGGAGGACAUUGUUGUCCAGUCGGUGUGGCAGCUGUGGGAUGUAUUUCUUCACGUCGCCAUAGCUCUAGCCCGGGCAGAGGACCAGGCUGGAUUCGAGCACCGAGAUCUGCACGAGGGAAACCUGUGUGUUCGGCAAAUCACGCCCCCGCGAGAGAAGACCGAAAAGGACGAAGAGUCGGUGAUGUUUGGCUACUCCGGACUGGACAUUACAAUUCUGGACUACGGCUUAUCGCGUGCAGAUGAGCCUGGAAGCGGAACUACUGGCGAGCCCAUCGCUUUUGAUCUGGAGAAGGAUCUGAGCCUUUUCACCAGCACGCACGCAGCACAGUGCAAAGUGUACAGACAGAUGCGGUCGUACUUGCUUAAGGGUGACCGAGUUCAUCUGCCUCCGAGCUGCCAUCAGCGGCCAUACGACAAUGGUCCGGACGGCAGACCUAUCUCGUGGAAGGACUUUAGCCCGUACACAAACGUGCUGUGGCUGGCCUACCUUUACGGUUAUCUGGUACGCAGCUUCAGCGGCGAGAAACGGGAUCUGGCAAGCUUCAGACGCCUGACCCGCGAAUUGUGGCUCCACAUGGAUCCCAACGCGCCGCCUGCCAUUCUGUCCUUUGCGAGUGCGGCAGACAUUGUGCGGUUUUCCGUCGAAGCCGGCUGGAUGACGGAGGAGCAGCUCAUGGGAGUCGGCGGCAAUGACACAUUUAACGGCGGCAGAGCUGUAGAGGACGGCGAUGGCGAGUCGCAACUCCUACUGGAAACCCCCGAUCAGAGCGUCUGUGGGAGCGGGAGCAUAGUCAAGGCUCAGACCACCGACAGUGGCGAACUGGAGCCAAGCCGGCCGCCACGUCGACGGCGUCCAGUCGUCCGCUAUUGUUGA